AGCACAUAGAAGCACGAACUCUCUGUAGUCUUCAAUGAUUGAGUUAUAAAAAGGGAUUAGAGCCAAUAUAGUAUUUCACCCUAUCUUGCAACUGUUGUUAGUUGUUAGCUACUAUCUGUUCCUCUCAUAGUGUUCUUCUUCCUGCACAAGUUGCCAUGUCUUUGCUUUCAGAUCUCAUCAACCUUAACCUUUCAGAAUCCACUGAUAAGGUUAUUGCUGAAUACAUAUGGAUUGGUGGAUCUGGUAUGGACCUAAGAAGCAAAGCCAGGACUCUUUCUGGACCAGUUGAUGACCCUGCAAAACUUCCAAAGUGGAACUAUGAUGGUUCUAGCACAGAACAAGCUCCUGGGGAGGACAGUGAAGUCAUUCUAUACCCACAAGCUAUUUUCAGGGACCCAUUUAGGAGAGGCAAGAAUAUUCUUGUGAUUUGUGAUGUUUACACCCCAGCUGGAGAGGCACUUCCAACAAACAAGAGGUUCGAUGCUGCCAAAGUUUUCAGUCACCCUGACGUUGUUGCUGAGGAGCCAUGGUAUGGUAUUGAGCAAGAGUAUACCUUGUUGCAGAAAGAUAUAAAUUGGCCACUUGGGUGGCCAAUUGGUGGGUUUCCUGGACCACAGGGUCCAUACUACUGUGGGAUUGGUGCUGAUAAAGCUUAUGGCCGUGAUAUUGUAGAUGCACAUUACAAAGCUUGUCUUUAUGCUGGCAUUAACGUUAGUGGUAUCAAUGGAGAGGUUAUGCCUGGCCAGUGGGAAUUCCAAGUAGGCCCUUCUGUUGGUAUCUCUGCUGGAGAUGAGUUAUGGGCUGCACGCUACAUUCUGGAGAGGAUUACAGAGAUAGCUGGAGUAGUUGUUUCAUUUGAUCCCAAGCCUAUUAAGGGAGAUUGGAAUGGAGCUGGUGCUCAUUCAAACUACAGCACCAAAUCCAUGAGAAAAGAGGGAGGUUUUGAGGUCAUCAAAAAGGCCAUCGAAAAACUUGGAUUGAGGCACAAGGAGCACAUUGCUGCUUAUGGAGAAGGCAAUGAGAGACGUCUCACUGGAAGACAUGAAACAGCAGAUAUCAACACCUUCACUUGGGGUGUGGCAAACCGUGGAGCCUCAGUUAGAGUUGGAAGAGAGACAGAAAAAGAUGGCAAAGGUUACUUUGAGGACAGAAGGCCUGCUUCUAAUAUGGAUCCCUAUGUAGUCACCUCCAUGAUUGCAGAGACUACCAUCCUCUGGAAACCAUGAAGUCACUGCCAUUUGUCUCCAGAUCUAGACCACUCUAUGUUGCAAUUGCGUCUUCAAUCUCAUUUAGUCUUAUAAUAAUUUAUAUAUGCAAGGUGUUGUUUCAUUAGUAAUUGCCAAGUGGUCUUUAUAAGCAAUGCAUUUGCUUCAUGUUAUGUGUUUUGAUAACCAUAAUUUGAUCAGUAAUAACAAGAAGUGCUUCUUUAUUUGACUUAUUAGAUUUAUGGAUCAAUAUUGGUUAUGGUAUGGUUUAUUUG